GCUCCAAGCAACCUCAAAAAGCUCUCUCUCUCUCUCUCUCUCUUUUUCUCUCUCUGGAGAAAAUAUCUUUCUGUCUCUCAACUUUUUCUUCCCGGGGCUGCGAAGCGAAGGAUGCGUCGCUCUUCAACGAAGAAGACGGGUCAACCCGCGUCGGCCGCCGCGUCCCUGAAUUCUUCGGCCUCCGAUCUCUUUCGCUCCGCUUCGAGUAAAGCGACUUCGAAAGAGCUGGAACGGAUCGAUCAGCUGUUCUACACGUUCGCAGAUGGCUCCUCCGGUUUGAUCGACCCAGAAGGAAUUGAGACUCUUUGUUCGGACAUGGAAGUGGAUCACACUGAUGUUAGAAUUUUAAUGCUUGCUUGGAAAAUGCGAGCUGAAAGACAGGGUUACUUCACCUUGGAUGAGUGGCGUAGAGGGCUCAAAUCAUUGAGGGCUGAUAAUAUCACUAAGUUGAAAAAGGCACUUCCAGAGUUAGAGAAAGAGGUGAGAAGGCCAUCAAACUUUGUGGAUUUCCAUGCCUAUUCAUUCCGCUAUUGUCUGACAGAGGAGAAACAGAAGAGUAUUGACAUAGAGAGCAUAUGUGAAUUACUUGAUCUAGUCCUUGGAUCUCUGUAUCGUGCUCAAGUGGAUUACUUCAUCGAGUAUUUGAAGGCUCAGACUGACUACAAGGUCAUAAACAUGGAUCAGUGGAUGGGUUUUCUGCGCUUUUGCAACGAGAUAAGCUUCCCUGAUUUCAGCAAUUAUAAUCCUGAACUUGCUUGGCCAUUGAUUUUAGACAAUUUCGUUGAAUGGAUGAGAGAAAAGCAGGGCUGAAGCAAAAACAUGUCGUCUGUUACCUGCUGUAAACGACAUUCAUUACUGAAUUAGGAUUUCCAUGAAAAUGGACAUUGAAUUGCUUUCUUAGUUGCUCUUUUCCUUUGCUCUUUGGGUCUAUCUUUUACCUGUAAACUAUCUGGCAACCUCAUUCUUCAGAAUUCUGCUUUGUAGAAUGUGACAUAUCUCCUUUUUCUAUUUUGUCGUCAAUUGAAUGAAUUGCUAUUACCAGCCGAUUGAGUGCAUUCACUGGACUUGAACUGAGGUUGAUGGUUGUCCAAUCUGGUGUGAUGAUAAAGAAUUACUCUGAUGAAACUGUAAUUAGCUUAUAUGAAAGAUGUCACUUCUGGCCA